AUGGCUCAAGUUAUUUCGGUUUUAGAACCGGAAAAUAAAAAACUGCAGAAAUUAAUAAACGAAAUGCCUGUUGCUAGACACACAAUAGAGAGGCGAAUUUCUGCUAUUAUUGCCGAUAUUUUAAAUAAUUUACAAACAAAUUUAAGCAAGUGUUUAGCAGUAAGCCUAGCACUGGACGAGUCUACUGAUAUUAAAGAUAUGCCACAACUUGUCAUAUUUGUGAGGUAUGUGUCAAAAGACUUAGAGGUGGUGGAAGAACUUUUAAACCUGGUUACUUUGAAGAAUACUACUCGGGGUUAUGACAUUAAAGAAGCCCUGGAUGGGGUUUUACAGAAAAACGCAGUGCCCAUCGGUAAUAUAGUUAGCAUUGCUACCGAUGGUGCACCUUCUAUGACUGGUACAAAACAAAAGCUUAUUGGACUAUUAAAAGCUGACAUAUCAUAUCCUGAUUUCCUACCUGUACACUGUAUUAUUCACAGAGAACAUUUAGCAGCAAAAUAUUUUCAAUAUCCACAUAGUAUGCAAAUAGUUCUAAAAAUUAUGGCUAUCAAUAAGCAAUGUUCUUGGCAGUUUUUUGAGUUACUUGAUCCAAUCAAAAAGUUUAUGGAAGAAAAAGGAAAAUCUUUUCCUGAACUUAAUGAACCCCAGUGGUUGUUAGAUUUGGCUUUUUUUACAGAUGUGGUUCAGUAUUUACAAACUCUAAAUAAAUCUUUACAAGGAAAGGAAAAACUUAUUUCUGAUUUGGCCCAGAUUGUAUUUGGCUUUCAUAACAAGUUAAAGCUUUUUACAAAAGACCUUCAGACAAAAACAUUUGCUCACUUCAAAUGUUUGAAGAAAAUUAGUGAAAGCUUUCCCGACAUUCCGGUAGAAACUGAAGAAUAUAUGAAUAAGAUAUCAGGCCUUGCUGAAGAAAUCAAUCGCAGAUUUAAUGAUUUAAGAUCACUUAAUACUGGAGUGUCGCCAGUGGGCGGCUUCUCCUUUCAUGUUUUCUGA